AUGGGUGGUAAAAUUGAUCACUCGAUAAAUCAAGGCAAUACCCCUCCGAUUUUUCGAUUGCAUGGGCAAAACUAUCAUCUCAUUGGUAGUUUGAUGCCUAUGGAAGGUUGUCCUCCAAAGUUUGCACAGUUGUAUAUCUAUGACACAGAUAAUGAAGUUCACAAUAGAAUACUUUCAGUGAGGGAUGUUGGAAAUUAUAAUGAUUUACAUACUGAAAUUGUGCGUGAUUUGCAAGCAAUGCUUGAUGAACAAAAUGUGUUGGCGAAGUCAUUUAGGAUGGCUAAGGAUCGAUUAAGGGAUGCAAUCCAGCCAGAUGUGAACUUGAGAUUGAUUAGUGAAAGAGGGAAAGAUGCUCGAACUUAUAAUUUGCCGUCUACGUCUGAAGUAGCUGCACUUAUUGUUGGAGACAUAGAUGAUUCAAUGGGCAAUAGAGAUAUUGUUAUUGAGUUCAAGAGUGGACAAUUGAAACGAAUUAAUGAGCUUCAUCCAUCGUAUCUUGCAUUGCAAUAUCCAUUGUUGUUUCCAUAUGGAGAAGAUGGGUAUAAAUGUGACAUUCCAUUUGCAAAGGGUGUUGAAGAAAGCAAAUAUUCGCGGAAGAAAAUAAGUGUGAAGGAAUUUUUGGCCUAUCGAUUGCAUGAAAGACGUGGAGAAUUUUCUAUAUUGUUCUAUUGUCGACGUUUGUUUCAGCAAUUUAUUGUUGAUAGUUACACUAUGGUGGAAGCUGGUAGAUUGAACUUUUUUCGUUAUAAUCAAAAGAAAUUGCGAUGUGAUAUGUAUAAAGGUUUAGCAGAUGCUUUGAUACGAGGUGAGAGGGAUCCAGCUAUGCAGGGAAAACGAGUGAUUUUGCCGUCUUCUUUCAUUGGUAGUGCACGAUAUAUGAUUCAAAAUUACCAAGAUGCUAUGACUAUUUGUAGUUGGGCUGGAUAUCCGAAUUUGUUUAUCACUUUUACUUGCAAUCCAAAGUGGCCAGAGUUAGUUAGAUAUCUUGAUGCUAAAGGUCUAAAGUCAGAGGAUCGGCCCGAUAUAGUUUCCCGAGUUUUCAAAAUAAAGUUAGACAAUCUAAUUCAUAGUAUUCGCAAUGAUCGAGUAUUCGGUGUGGUCCGAGCAGUUGUUUACACAAUUGAAUUCCAAAAGCGAGGGUUGCCACAUGCGCAUAUUUUGCUAUUUAUGGCAAAAGAGGAUAAACAUCCUGAUGCUGAAGAUAUAGAUAAGAUCAUUUCAGCGAAAAUUCCAUAUCCAAUAGAUGAUGCUCUAUAUUAUGAAGCUGUUAAAGAAUUUAUGGUUCAUGGUCCAUGUGGUGCCCUCAGAAUUUCAUCGCCGUGUAUGAUGAAUGGUCGUUGUACGAAGUAUUUUCCAAAGAAAUAUGUUGAUGCAACAACUGUUGAUGAUGACGGAUAUCCUGUAUAUAGAAGGCGGAAUAAUGGGCGCGUUAUAUUGAAGAAUGAUAUAUCUUUGGACAAUAGAUAUGUUGUGCCUCACAAUCGUGGUUUGCUUUUGAAGUAUGGUGCUCAUAUUAAUGUAGAAUGGUGUAAUCAAUCACGAUCAAUCAAGUAUUUAUUUAAGUAUAUUAAUAAAGGCAAUGAUCGUGUUACUGCAUCAUUUUAUAAUUCAAGCGAAAAAGAUGAUGAAGGGAGGGGCAUAGAUGAGGUGAAUCAGUAUUAUGAUUGUAGAUACAUCUCACCAUGUGAAGCUGCUUGGAGAGUAUUUGGAUUUGAAAUCCAAUACAAAAAACCUUCUGUGGAGAGAUUGAGUUACCAUUUACCUGGUGAGCAUGCGGUCAUAUUUUCAGAGGCAGAUCGGCUUGAAGAUAUUUUAAAUAGGGAAACUAUUCAUGAAAGUAUGCUCUUAGGUUGGUUUGAAGCAAACAAAAUGUAUGUAGAAGCUAAGGAGCUUACAUAUCCUGAAUUUCCUACAAAAUUUGUUUGGAAAAUUACAGAAAAUCGUCGGAGAUGGGAACCAAGGAAACAAGGAGUUUCUAUAGGUAGAUUGUAUUAUGUUCCACCAGGUUCGGGUGAAUCAUUUUACUUAAGAUGUUUGUUGAAUAUUGUUCGAGGUGCGACUUCUUAUGAGGAUAUUAGAUGUGUAAAUGGUGUACAAUAUUCAACAUUUCGUGAGGCCUGCUAUGCUUUGGGUUUGUUAGAAGAUGAUAAAGAAUAUAUUGAUGGGAUUGUUGAAGCAAGUAAUUGGGCUUCUGCUUCAUCUUUGAGAAGGUUAUUUGUGACGUUGCUUACUUCAAAUUCCAUGAGUCGGCCUGAAAAUGUGUGGAGCAGUACUUGGAAUUUAUUAGGCGAUGAUAUCUUAUAUCAACGGAGAUUGGUAUUACGAUAUCCAGGUAUGUUUUUAUGA